AAUACUGAAAAGUAUUAGUUUAACGUUAAUAAAUAAAAGUGAUGAGAGAAUGUAUGGAAAAAUUUGUUCGGGCAAAUAAGGGGAAUAAUAAAGUGUUUCAGUGAUUGGUGAAGUGGGGGUCAAGUGUUAACUAACUACCUCGGACUCAGUAGCCCAAUACUAAAUAGGCUCAUGUAAGGACUGACCAAGCUAGACCAGCAUGGGUGUUGUAAAUAUUUUGCUUAAAUUUUGUACGAUUGCCAUCUUAAUCGAGUAUGGAUUCGGCUAUUCGCUUGGGAUAUCUAACAGUCUUCACUGUGCUGUACGGAAACAGAUAUCUCCUUGCACCUGCCUUGUCCAAGAGCCGAGCAACCGAAGGAGUACAAAAUCCAUCAUCACAGUGACAUGCGAGGGGAUGGUCAACUUUCAACAGGUCGUUACCGCUCUUACUAAAAAAUUCGAUAUCGACGUGGAUAUUUCUUUGAAAAUCAGCCAUUCCGUCUUGGAAGAUCUUCCUCAGUUAUCUUUUGAAAAACUAAAUCUCACCAUUCAUAUACUCAAACUCAAUUUUGACAAUUUAAGAUCACUUCCAGUGUCAGUUUUCUCAGGCCUUUCAAAGACAGAAUCUUUCAGUCUGGCUGACAACAACAUCCCGAUGAUUCCCGAGGCUAUCCUUAACACGAUGCCUAAAAUUAAAGUCCUGGACUUGAGCAGAGGGCAUAUUCUAAAUGUUUCAACAACAAACUUUCAAGCUUUGGAAUCAAUGCACACACUUGUCAUUAAUGAGAAUAACAUUGAACUAUUGGAGAAAGAUUGUUUUCCGAAAACCCUGAGGAAACUUUCGUUGACUUUUAACAAGAUCAAGCACCUCAACGGCACCCUGAGAGGGCUAUCUUACCUACAGUGGCUGCUAUUGAAUGACAACGAAAUUGAAGAUUUGGAAGGCCAGCUCCCACAGGUGAAUCCAAAUUUGAAGUUGAUCCUUCUAAACUUGGCGAACAAUAAGCUGCUCAAGCUGCCCCAGGAGUUGAGAAAUUUUCUCCAUCUUGAAAACUUGUACUUGGAAUACAACAAGCUUGAAAGCCUUGACAGAGCACUUUCAAAAUCAAAGCAUCUUAAAUCGUUGGUCCUCUCUGCUAAUAAUAUAAGCAAACUGUAUAGCGAUGACUUUUUAGAACUGGAAUACCUUGAAGAGUUGCAGUUUGGAGAAAAUAACAUAGCCACCCUCAAUAAUUGUCUACUUCCCCUCAAAUCCCUCAAACAUCUAAACUUGAGCCAUAACAACAUUCAAGAAUUUACAUUGCAAGAUAUCCGAGGUCUUACGAAGCUCAACUUGGUCGAUUUAUCAAACAACAAAAUACACGUCCUUUCGGGACGAAUGGAGAACCUAGUAGAACUCGAGACAAGAGUUUACGAGUUGCGUUUAGAUUACAAUAAGCUCCAAACACUCUCAGGCUCUCUCAUGGGCUUUAGUAGCCUUCAUCGUCUAAAUUUGAGCAACAACUACAUUGACAGAAUUCUCCCAGAUGAUCUGAUUGGCCUCGACGACUUGCAGAUUUUGGACAUUUCACACAACAACCUCACAACUCUUGAAGAAACAUCAAAGACUGUACUUCCAUCACUAGAAGAGUUGAUCGCAUCGUACAAUUCAGUGACAAGACUUGAGAAAGACUUUUACGGCUUGCCUAGACUCUGUUGGGCCGACUUAUCGCACAAUCAGAUCACUUACAUCAGUAAAUCCCUCGUCGAUAACACACAGUGUAAGCUGUACGAGGUCCCGAGCAUUCUUCGAAUAUAUCUGCAUGGAAACCCAAGUCUUUGCGAGCCAGAAGUUGUGGCAAAUAUUAUAGAUUUGGAAUCAAAGAACAACACAAAAAUCCAUGGUCGAAACGAGUGUCCUCCUCAAGAGAAAGGCCGCCAUUAAAAAAAACAAUAAAUAAAUAAUAAAAGUAUAAUCCAUAAAAUUAUAGAAGAGCUGUGAAGUUAACAAAAGCUGUACAGUACUAAAAAAUUACGAUUAUGUGAUAACUUUUAUUCAGAGAAUAAUCACAUAGACUGUAAUUACAAUCCACCCAUGAUAAAAAAAAAUUAACAAUUUUCU